AAGACAUUUCUGUAAUUAGUUGCUGUCAAAAUAAAUGCAUCACGCAUGUUUUGUUCAAAACUAACCUAAAUGUUGUGGAAUAAUUCAAUGAUAUUGCUCUAAAUAUUUAACAUUUUGAAAAAAAUAAAAUAAUGUUUAAAGUACCCGAGUGGGGAGAUGAUGUUCCAAAAGUGAAAGCUAAUUUUGCAAAGAAAUCUAAAAAAAGUAAAAAACAAACAACCAAUCCAGCUCUGACGAAACAGUCUAAAAAUAUCUCUGCUAGAUCACCACAAAAUGAGAAUAAAAAGAAAAAGAAAAGAAAUAAAAAACAAAAAACUGACAGUGCAGAAACAUCCUCCACACCCAACAAUGUGAAAGGAAAUGGACCAAGAUUUGUCUCCAAAAAAAUAAAUGGAGAUGUCCCCAGGAAAGUGUUUAAUAAUAAAAAGAAUAUUUUUAAUGAUAGUAAUAAUGAACAACACCCAAAUAAAACACUCAAAUUAAAAAAUAAAUUUAACAAAAGACCUGAAACAAACAUUGCUGAUAAGCAUAAAACUUUAUCUAAAGACGGUGAUGAUCAGAAUAUACCUAAAAAGGGUAAAAAAAGAAAGAAGCGAAUGUCUAAAAACAAAACUGCAGCAGAGCAGAAUAGUAAUGAUUUAGAUGAAGGGGUAAGUAAUGCCAAAAAGAAAAAACUUGAUGAUAAUUUCAAAAUUGACGAUCAAGAGGACUUAUUAUUUGCACAUAAUAAUAAAGCUAAAAAUGAAAAUAAAAGGAAAAAAGAUGAUAUAAAAGGUGUGCCAAUCAAAGUAAAUAAGAAGAAAGAAAAGAUAAAACAGUUGUUGGAGAAUCAAAUGCAAAGAACCCCAAUAAUAACUAGUGGGAAUAAGCUGAGGGAUAGGAUGCUGGAGAGAUUAAAAGCUGCUCAAUUCAGAUAUAUCAACGAGAAGCUGUAUACAUCAUCAGGGUCAGAUGCGCAGCAACUCUUCCAGAAUGAUCCGGCAGCAUUCCAGACAUACCAUGAGGGUUACCAGCAACAAGUCAAGAAGUGGCCCGUGAAUCCCUUGAAUCUUAUUGUUCAGAGGAUUCAGAAAAUGCCCAAGACGCACCAAAUAGCAGACAUGGGUUGCGGGGAGGCAGCAUUAUCCAAGCGCAUACCACAUAAGGUACGCUCCUUUGACCUGGUGGCCACGUCGUCGGCGGUGGAGGUGUGCGAUAUAGCGCAUACGCCGCUGCUUGCCGCAUCCAUGGACGUAGCGGUGUACUGCCUCGCACUGAUGGGCACUGACCUUACCCAGUACUUGGUUGAGGCUAAUCGGGUGUUGAAAAUUGGCGGUUACCUACUGAUAGCAGAAGUGGAGAGCAGGUUCAAUAAAGUUGAGGAUUUCACUAAGGAGGUGGAGCGGCUUGGUUUCAAACUGAAGAAUUUAGAUAAGACUCACCAAGUGUUCUUCUUCAUGGAGUUCACUAAAAUCAGAGAACCACCAGCAAAGAAAUCUAAACUGCCUGUAUUGACUCUCAAGCCUUGCUUGUAUAAGAGAAGAUGAAUAAAUAAUUUAUUUUAUAUA